GAGGAUUCCACAGGGAAGCAGAGACAGAGGCAGGCAGGGGGCAGCUACCAGCGCAGCAUCCUCCUUUCCUCCACAAGUCUUCCCUCACUCAGGGGCUACAGGAGUCCCCCCUCCCACAGUCAUUGUCCCUGCCACAGGCAGUGCCAAGUGACAGCCCUCCUCAACCCCAAUCUUACCUGGAGGAGAAGGAGCCCAGCAGAUUGUUGCCUCCUUGUUACUUUGUGUUACUUGCCACUGCCAGCACAGGAGAGUUGAAAGGAGAGGAGCAGCCCCUGGAUCCAGCACCUGGUCCUGGAAGAUGACAGUGGGAGCACCACAGCUGGCACCUCAACUUCAUCCCAUUGUUUCCUAGGCUGCCCCCUUACCCCAGGCAGUGUCCCCCUCUCCCAGCUGCUGCUGCCGCCGGCUUAUUGUUCUGCAUCAUUCUAUCUAUGUGCUGUUACCAUCCAGGGGACCUGGACCUCCAGCAGCCUCUGAUCCUUCCAGUCAUCUCCGCUCCGACUCCUUCCUGGGAAUAGCGGAGGCAGUCGCGCACAAGCAGCCUACUCUGCCCCGGCCGGGGUGCUCCUGCUGGGGAUCCGCUAGUGCGAGGGGAGCGCUAUAAGGGGAGCCGGGGAGAGGAGAUUCAUGUUCGGGAUUCAGGAGAGCAUACAGAGGAGUGGGAGCAGCAUGAAGGAGGAGCCCCUGAGCGGCGGCAUGAACGCUGUCCGGACGUGGAUGCAGGGAGCCGGGGUGUUGGAUGCGAACACAGCUGCCCAGAGUGGCGUGGGUCUGGCCCGGGCACACUUUGAGAAACAGCCUCCUUCCAACCUGCGAAAGUCCAACUUCUUCCACUUUGUCCUGGCUCUGUAUGACCGGCAAGGGCAGCCCGUGGAAAUAGAGAGGACAGCUUUCGUGGGCUUCGUGGAGAAAGAGAAGGAAACUAGCAAUGAGAAGACAAAUAAUGGAAUCCACUACCGACUCCAGCUGCUCUACAGCAAUGGCAUCAGGACAGAGCAGGAUUUUUAUGUACGGUUAAUAGACUCCAUGACCAAACAGGCCAUCAUAUACGAGGGACAAGACAAAAACCCUGAAAUGUGCAGAGUUCUCCUCACACAUGAGAUCAUGUGCAGUCGCUGUUGUGAUAAGAAAAGCUGCGGGAACCGAAACGAGACUCCCUCCGAUCCGGUGAUUAUUGACAGAUUCUUCCUGAAAUUCUUUCUUAAGUGUAACCAAAAUUGUCUGAAGAAUGCAGGGAACCCUCGUGACAUGCGCAGAUUUCAGGUUGUUGUGUCAACUACCGUCAAUGUGGACGGACAUGUGCUGGCUGUGUCUGAUAAUAUGUUUGUGCAUAACAACUCGAAACAUGGAAGAAGGGCGCGCAGGUUGGACCCUUCGGAUGGUACGCCUUCGUAUCUGGAACACGCAGCUACACCAUGUAUCAAAGCCAUUAGUCCGAGUGAGGGAUGGACCACGGGCGGUGCCACUGUCAUCAUCAUAGGAGACAAUUUCUUUGACGGCUUACAGGUCAUAUUUGGAACCAUGCUGGUGUGGAGUGAGUUGAUCACGCCUCAUGCCAUCCGCGUACAGACCCCACCCCGACACAUCCCUGGAGUGGUGGAAGUAACAUUAUCCUACAAGUCCAAGCAGUUCUGCAAAGGGACGCCUGGGCGGUUCAUCUACACAGCGCUUAACGAACCAACCAUCGACUAUGGCUUCCAGAGACUGCAGAAGGUGAUCCCCAGGCAUCCGGGCGACCCAGAGAGGCUACCCAAGGAGGUCAUCCUGAAAAGAGCCGCCGACCUGGUGGAAGCUUUGUAUGGAAUGCCCCACAACAAUCAGGAAAUUAUACUGAAGAGGGCUGCUGAUAUCGCUGAGGCUCUGUACAGCGUUCCAAGGAACCACAGCCAACUUUCCACUCUCGCUAACUCCUCCGUACAUCCCAGCAUGAUGGGCGUCAACUCCUUCAGUGGGCAACUGGCAGUAAAUGUGUCAGAGACGUCUCAAGUAGCCAACCAGGGUUUCUCUCGCAAUACAAGCAGCGUUUCCCCCCACAGCUAUGCGCCCAGCACCACCCCCCAGCAGACCAACUACAGUUCCGUCACCACCAGCAUGAAUGGCUAUGGAAAUACAGGCAUGUCCAAUCUUGCCGGAUCACCCAGCUUCCUCAACGGCUCAGCCGCCAACUCACCCUACGCCAUUGUUCCAUCUAGUCCCACAAUGGCUUCAUCCACCAGCCUCCCAUCCAGCUGUAGCAGUUCCUCUGGUAUCUUCUCCUUCUCUCCAGCCAACAUGGUGUCAGCCGUCAAACAAAAGAGCGCCUUUGCCCCAGUGGUCAGACCACAGGCGUCUCCACCUCCCAACUGCACCAGUUCCAAUGGCACCAGCCUACAAGACCAGUCUUUUGUGGACACUGGCAAGUUCCUCAGUUCAGGCUCUCUGCAGGGCUUGGCCUUCUCCUGAACUAUCUCCGGCAUGAUUGUAGCUCCCAUGUGAAAAAAACAAACAAAACAACGAGGAUCUCACCUGGGAGUUCAUCGCUAGAGAAAUGACACUCUAAAGUUUGGGAAGAACUUCUCUCUCACACUCUCUCUGACCGAGAGCAACUUUUAACUCAGGCCUAUAUAUAGAGGAACCAUAAAACUGCAGAUUUAGACAAUAGCAGAACAUACACAAAAAUAAAGACUUGGAGAUCAUAAGAAAUGUCUGUCGCCCAGGUCGCUGUCAUGGAUCUCUGCAUUGCUAAGGGGGGGAGGGGGUCAUGACACAAUGGCUGAAGAAUGAGAAAGACCCUUGAACUUUUAAUCACCAUUAUUGUGUGCUUGAAAUACAUUACCAAUGCCCAUGGAUAGGUAUGCACCAAGAGCUUCCAGAUAUCCUUGUGGCUGACCUUCUGAAAGGAAUCUUCUACAAUCAUAUGGCUGGAUCGAACCAUAGGGGACAAGGGAUCUUUAUAAGAAGACCGUUUUAGGGCUGUGAAGAAUAGUCCACUUUUUGCUAUGUGUUUUGUAAUUUUGAAAUGUUAAUGCUGGUGAUUGAGAGAGAGAUCUGUUUUUAGGUCUAGAGCUGGGCAUCUUCAGCCUGAAGUGAUUGUAGCUUGUAAACAAUGAUAAUGAGCAGAGGGUGGGCAAUGCAGCAUGGUUCACUCUUUGACUCACUUACCAUAGUGUGGACCAUUUUUCCAUCAAGUCCUUUUCAUUUUGCAAUUCAUUACCCCAGUCCUGUACUUUGGUUAGCCGUCCACUUUGUCAUUUACUGGGACCCUUUUUAUAUAUACGGUCUCCUAGGAGGAGUUCAGAUAACAAGUAGUGAUAGUACCUGGUGGUGUGCUAGCAAGAAGAUUUGUUCCUCAAACUUUCCACCCUCACGUUCCUGUCUGAUCUCAUUGUUCUGGAACGAAGAGGCUAAGAGGCUAUAUCAGGCCAGAGAGAUACGACAGAGAAGACCUCUCCAACCACACUUGCCAGGUGCCCACAUAGCCAUGUACUUAAUGAUCAUUGGGAUUAUUCAGACGUUCUAUCUCUCUAUCACGAUUUGUCACCACCUCCUACCUAUUCCAUUUCAAUUCAAGUGCAAUUCACUAAAGUACAUUAGCCAAUAGUUUUUGUUUUUCGUCUUGUUUCGGUAUAAUGACCAAUACAGUCACAGCUACUCAGCUUUGGUAAAGAAAGCACAAAUUGAAGAAUCAAAGAGUUGGGCCAUAGAUUAGCAAUUGACAACCUCUCUGCUGAAUGAUACAAACUGCGUAGUGCAAGGAGAAUCAGUGGAUGUUUAUUUUCCAUGUCCCCUUCGUUUAUUUCGCUGUUGUGCUCUGUGUUGAGUUAUGAAUAAUGUAUGCUAAUUUGUGAUUCAUUUUGUUUAGCUUUUUUACCAAUUUUUUUUUGUUGCCAAAUUUAAGUCCUAUUAAUAUGAGAAAAAGUCGUCUUUCUGAGUUUGGAUUCUGCCAACACAAAAUGAACAUUAAAGUGAAACAAAGUUGUGACUAUGCUUCAGACCUCACAAAAGAAAGGGACAUAAUUUUUUUUUCUUUUUCUUUUUUUUAAAGAUGAUAUCUUGUUUUUAUUAUAUUAUUUUUAAGGGGAAUUUGUAAAAUAUCCAUAUAAAUAAUGUAUUUAUCUCUGGAAUUUGUACAGCCCUGUACCCAAUUUAUUUUAUUGUGUAUGUUACAAUGUGAAAAAGUGCCGACUGUUAUUUUUUUUCUAUUGUUUAUUAAGCUGAAUGAUAAAAAGUUUUUUCUUUUA